UGGCGCAGACAUCCCUACUCGCCCCUAAUCGUCUCUGUGGCUUUGCCGCAGUGUCCCUCACGCUGUGCUUUGCAGCGGUCGUGGGAGUCAUAGGAGGGACUCGGGGAAACCUAGAAAUGGAUUCAGUGACCUUUGAGGAUGUGAGUGUGAAGUUCACCACAGAGGAGUGGGCUCUGCUGGAUCUAUCCCAGAAGAAACUCUACAGAGAUGUGAUGCAGGAAACCUUUAAGAACUUGACCUCAAUAGGAGAAAAAUGGGAAGACCCUGAUACUGAAGAUCAGUAUGAAAAUCAUGGGACAAAUCUAAGCAGUCAUAUGGUAGAGAGACUCUGUAAAAAUAAUGAAGGUAGUCAGUAUGGGGAAACAUUUAGCCAAAUUUCAAAUCAUAAUCAGAAAAAGAAAACUGGAAUAAAACUAUGUGAAUUCAGUGUAUGUGGACGAAUCUUCAUGCGUCAUUCAUCCUUUAAUAGGCACAUGACAUCUCGCACUACACCCAAACCACGUGAGUAUCAGGAAUAUGAGGAGAAGCCAUAUAAAUGCAAGGAAUGUGGGAAAGCCUUCAAGCAUCGUCAGUCCAGACAUACCCAUGAGAAGAUUCACACUGGGGAGAAACCCUAUGAUUGUAAGAAAUGUGGGAAGGCCUUCAAGCUUCGCCAGUCUAUUCAAAGGCAUGAAAGGAUUCACACUGGAGAGAAACCCUAUGAGUGUAAAAGAUGUGGAAAAGCCUUCAGAUAUCACCACAACUUUCAAAAACAUGAACAAACUCAUACUGGAGAGAAACCCUAUAGAUGUAAGCACUGUGGUAAAGCUCUCAGUUCUCUCAGAUACUGUCGAAUUCAUGAAAUAACGCACACUGGAGAGAAACCUUAUAAAUGUAAGCAAUGUGGUAAAGCUUUCAAUUGUCCCAGUUACUUUAUAAAACAUGAGAGAACUCAUAGUGGGUUGAAACCAUAUGAAUGCAAGCAGUGUGGUAAAGCCUUCAGUUGUGCCAGUUACAUUCGAAGACAUGAAAGGACACAUACUGGAGAAAAGCCCUAUGAAUGUAAAAAAUGUGGUAAAACCUUUAGUUGUUCAAGUUCCUUUCGAAAACAUGAGAGAACUCAUACUGGAGAGAAACCCUAUGAAUGUAAGCAAUGUGGUAAAGCCUUCAGUUAUUCCAGAUCCUUUCGAAGUCAUGAAAGGAGACACAGUGGAGAAAAGCCCUAUACGUGUAAAAAUUGUGGUAAAGCUUUCAGUUGUCCAAAUUCCUGUCGAAAACAUGAGAGGACUCAUUCUGGACAGAAACCCUAUGUAUGUAAGGAAUGUGGGAAAACCUUCAGUUAUCUUGCCAAAUUUCAAAGACACAUGAUGAAGCAUACUGGAGAUGGACCUUAUAAAUGUAAAGACUGUGGGAAAGUCUUUGAUUGUCCCAAUUACUUUCGUUGUCAUGAAAGGACUCACAGUGGAGAAAAGCCAUAUAAGUGUAUGGAAUGUGGUAAGGCCUUCAGUUUUCUAUGUUGUCGUCAAAUACAUGAAAAAAGUCAUACUGGGGAGAGGCCCUAUGAAUGUAAGCAAUGUGGUAAAGCCUUCACUUAUCUCAGUUCCAUUCGAAAACACGAAAGAACUCAUACUGGAGAGAAACCCUAUGAAUGUAAGGAAUGUGGAAAGGCCUUUAUUUAUCCCUCAAAUGUUCAAAGACACAUGAUAAUGCAUACUGGUGAUGGACCUUGCAAAUGUAAGGAUUGUGGGAAAGCCUUUGAUUGUCCCAGUUCUUUACAAGCACAUAAAAACACUCACACUGGAGAGAAACCCUAUCAAUGUAAAACUUGUAGUAAAGCCUUCAGUUGUCCCAGUUCUUUUCAAAGCCAUGAAAAAACUCAUAAUGGAGAAUAGCACUAUGAAUGUAAGGAAUGUGUGAAAGCCUUUAUUUUUCCCAGUUCAUUCCAAAUACAUAAAAGAGCUCACACUGGAGAGAAACCAUAUUUUUGCAAACAGUAUGGCAAAGCUUUCAGCACUCUCUGUUAUAUUCAGAUACAUGAAAGAACUCGUACUAGACAGAAACUGAAUGUAAGGAAUGUGGGGAAGCCUUCAUGUAUCACACGUUUCCAAGGACACAUGAGAGUGCACACUGGAGAGAAACAGUAUAUAUGUAAGAAAUGUGGGAAAGCCUUCAGUCCCAUUUCCUUGGAAAGCCACGAAAGAACUUGCACUGGAGAGAAUUGUAUUGAAUGUAAACUAUGUAGGAAAACCUUCACUUGCCCCACAUCCUUACAAAACUACGUGAAAAUGUACAUGCGGGGCUUCCCUGGUGGCGCAGUGGUUGAGAGUCCGCCUGCCUAUGCAGGGGACACAGGUUCAUGCCCCGGUGCGGGAAGAUCCCACAUGCCGCGGAGCAGCUGGGCCUGUGAGCCAUGGCCACUGAGCCUGCGCAUCUGGAGCCUGUGCUCCUCAACGGGAGAGGCCACAACAGUGAGAGGCCCGCGUACCACAAAAAAAAAAAAAAUGUACACGCGUUAGAAACUUUGUAACUGAAAAAUUAGGGAAACUUUUCAAUUUUAACAAAUAUUUUCAAAGUCAUAUGAAAACUGCACUGAAGAGAAAUUAUCUCCAUGUAAGUACUAUGGGUACGCUGUCUGAAAAUUCACAACAUGAAAGAAAUGUUAUAAAUUUUCUUUGUAAUUGACUCAUUCUUAAAGUGAUUCUCUCUAGUAUGGAUUUCUAAUUAGUUUUCAAAGUACACAUUGAAGUGAGAUAAUUUUGUAGAUACUCAUUAAGCAAGAGUUCCUUAAAAAUUAAUAGGUAGUCUUUUCUUUUAGUUAUUUAGUAAUUUUUUGUGUGUCUAUUUUGAAGUCUAUUGGAACCAUGAAUUGAAGUUUAUUUCUAGUAUGCAAGUAGGUUUAAUUUUUACCUAAUUUUGUAAGUUAUAUGUAAGGAAAACAACAUUGAAAAAUGCCGGUUUGGUUUUUUUUUCCUGCUGGCUUCCUGUGGCAAGUACUGGAUAUGCCUUAUUCAUUUUAUAUAUAUAUAUAUAUAUUCCACCUUAUUUAGCAGAAAACUAACUUUUUAUUGCUUAAAGAUCCUUAUUCUAUUUUCCAUGGAAUAUAUAAUUGCUAUAUACUUGUAAGUAUGCAAAGUUUAUCAUAGUGCAGUCUCUUGUGAAUUAUCUUCAUCUUUUGUCCUUUACACUUUGUCAUUUCUUUUGGUUGGGAUUUGGACUAUGGAAUUUACGUUAAGAAGAGAGACGGGGCUUCCCUGGUGGCACAGUGGUUGAGAGUCCACCUGCCGAUGCAGGGGACACGGGUUCGUGCCCCGGUCUGGGAGGAUCUCACAUGCCGCGGAGCGGCUGGGCCCGUGAGCCAUGGCCACUGAGCCUGCGCGUCCGGAGUCUGCUCCACAACGGGAGAGGCCACAACAAUGAGAGGCCCGCAUACUGAAAAAAAAAAAAAAAAAAAGAAGAGA